UCUCGUGGAGGGAAGUGGUAUAACGCGCUGCAGCCAGAUCUCAGUGGUAGAUGAAGUAACAUAGAUUUGAUAUAGUGAUUCUUUUUGGAUUAAAUUAUAGUGGUUUCUUAUAAAUCGUGUUUUGCAAGUGGAUUAUUCGAAGUUCGAAAAGCGGAUCAGUACAACAACAGUGGAUUUAAAGAUAUCCAGGUUUUUGUAGUGGGCUCAGACAACAAUUGUAAGGUAUGCUUGUGUGAAGAAGUCGCUACUUAUAAAGUCCGACCCAGCUGAGGCGGUCUCCCGGAAAUAGAGAUGGCGACCGAGUGAGCGAGCAAGAAUUUACAGGAGCAGACACGUUAUAGAUGCCGUGAUGGGUGGCGAUGCGGGCUGACCAUGGAGUCCGUCCGGGCCUUCUACGAGCACCCGCCCUCCCACGCCACCAUGCCGGCCCGGGACUACGGCAGCGUGACACCGGGCAAGGCCAAGAAAUCCUGGGGUGACCUUCUCAAGUUCCGAUCUCGUGCCAAAGAGCGUCCGCUAGAGCCCGUGCCCGCGGCCGCCCACCCCGCCCCGGCGAGCCACAGCUACUUAGCAGAAUAUCGGCAGAAGUACGGUGCUUACAGCGGGACCGUUGGUCGGGCCAGCUACCAAUCCAUGACGGUGGUGAAGAGUGUGUCGCCGCCGCCGUUGCCGGCCGCCAAUGUUCCUCGGAGGUACCCAAGUAACGGUUACGUAAAACAUGGGGGCUCUGGCACUGUAUCGGCUGCCACAGGGGCCACUAUGUCCUCCACGGUGCGCUAUACGGACUGGUUUGGCUCCGUGGUGGGCCGACGACCACCAGUUCGGCCCCCACUGCCCGCCUUCACGGCUCCGACAGGCCCCGCCGCCCACCCACCGGACAAGGCCGUCGGUGUCGGGGCGUGGGACCACUAUGUGACACUGGACCCUGUCUAUGAGGCGCCCAGAGUCGUGCCUGUGCAACUCUACACCAACGUGUGUGUGUGCCCAGACCAGGCCGUCAACACCAAGGGGCGCAAGAAGAAGAAGUGUAAAAGGUGCGGGCGGAAGGUGGCCACUGUGCGCAACGCCACUUCUAGCGUUGCCACUAAGGUGCGCCCAGCCAUUCCACUGAGCAUGUACCAGCCUGCUCCUGCCCCUCCCCCAGCCCCGGUCCACCAUCCGUGGGGAUGGCAGGUCAUGGAGGAACGCAUCUACGAGCAGUAUGAGGUCAGGACCAGGCAUUACUCUCGUUCGCCCGCGCGAACUUUAAGCGACGAGGACGAGUCGCCCCCGGCCACGCCCGAAACGGUGCGCAGCGUAAAGAGUGUCCGUAGUGUGAAGAGUGUGAAGAGCAGCGACAGCUCUUCCACCAUCACCCGUGAAGCACCAGAGCCGUCUCGGCCUGCCCCCCCUCCUCCAGUCAGCUCUCGCUCCCUUCCUCCUCCACCGGAGCCCCCUGUCCUUAGUGCGGCCCCGCGCAGUGCCAAAGAAAAUCACACCGAAGACCUCGAAGGCACCCGGAACUCCAUCCUGAUUGAGAAUCCCUCCGCAUACCAGCUUCUCUCUUCCCAUCGAUCCCACGUUGGCUCUGAUACUGAUGAGCUCAGUGACAAUGCUGUGGACAUCUCGACCGACCCGUGGGAGAGUGACUUUUCUCCGUCUGCCCAAGAAAGGGCUCAAGGGAAGCAAGUCAACAUUAUCACGAUUGGUGAUAAUUCAUUUACCGCCCCUUCUUUUUCAAGUGAUAAGCACACCAGUCACAAGAUCAGGAUAAACACAGAUGAGGCAAAAUCUUAUAUGAACGGUGAUAUUUUACAUGAAGAUGAUACGAAGCUGCUUACCAGUCAACUCCCAGUCACCAACAUACAACAGAGUUCCCAUAGCAAUGAAAUUAACUUAAGUGUAUACUCAAACAAUAGGAAGAUCUCGCCUCCUAGUACUAAGAACGGUUCUAGUAGCAGAAAUUCCAGCAAUAAAGUCACGUCAUCAAGUCCUCAUAAGGGGCCUUCAUCUCGUCAUAAGGAUACUUCUUCAACUAACAAGAAAAUACAGAACAACACUCGCACAUCGUCUGUAGAUAAAAAGGUACCCUCAUCAGCCUCAAGGAAAAACCCGAUUGAAUACAAGGCCUCUGCAGCAAAUGGAAUCAAUGGAGGCUCACAAGGAGAAGUGAAAAAUCUCCACGACUCCAGGGAGCUGCAGCUAGGAGGGAACUCCGUCCGAAUUGCUGGUCAACGAAUGUUAGUCCUGACACCGGGGGCGCCUCCCCCAGACACCCGGUCAGGGUUCUCCAGCGGGGAGGAAGAUGAAGUUACUGCUGAUGAUGACACAAGCGACUACCCACAGUCCUCACCAACUACCACAAGGGGCUCUGACAGCGACACUCUCCCUGAGGAGGAAGAGGAGCUGCUACCUCUUGAUUCGUCUGGGCUUCAUUAUGGUCAACAGCAUUCUUCUCCAUCUGAUAAAUCUUUCAGUUCAAGUCUAGAUUCUUCAGACUAUCGUUCUGACACUAGCACUUCGCAGAGCGACCGCUGGAUGUCCACACGCGACACCAUAUAUGAAGAGGAAGAGGAAGAUCUGGAGGACCCGCCAAAGGUCCAGAAUCACAUUGAUGAUGAUGCAGAGUCAACUUUGCUUGAGGAUGAAAGCGAGAAGGAUGAGCCAAGUGUGAGCUCAUCAUCUACUACCAGCUCACCUGUACGUCAUGAGAGCUUCCACCCCACUCUGUCUGAGCUUCUUAAAGUCAAAUCAAUUUUGAAAAAACCUUCCUCGGUUGAUACCAGUUCAGAGACAGACUCAGAUUUUUAUCUGCCGACGUUUACUGAAUUUAAGCAAAACCAGCGAAAAAAGAAACAAGUUCAGUUCAGAUCCUCUCAUGACGUCACAGUGAUAGAAGACGCUGGGGAAUCGAAGGGCCGCAAGGUGUCCUCUGUCCGGAGUCCAAAGAAAGACAGAGGGAAGGCAAAGGAGAGACAAAAGAACAAUUACAACUUACUUGCAGAUUUACAGGACGUUUAUUCUAGAACUAAUAACCCGGUAAUUUAUAGAACUCAUUCAAAGAACGAAUUUAGUGAUGUAAGAUUGAAAGAUAUUCCAGUGGCAAAUGGUGAAUGUGGCAGUGAGUACAGAACUCCUGACUCAUUCGGUGAAGUUCUUCUAUCUCGGGAGGAACUCCUGCAAGACUCAAGCCAGGAACAGCGGCGGGGCGACAGCAACAGCGACAGCGCCGUCGCCAGGGAAGCAGAAGAAAGGAAUGUUGAGCAAGAAUUCCGUGAGCAAAAAGUGGAUGCCCAGGGCUGGGCUGGUCUCCCUCGUAGUCUGAGAGACAGUCAGACCUCGGGCGUGAGCACUGCCGAAAGCACUCCGCGCCUCCGUCUGUCGUCUUACACAAAGCCACCCACUCAAGUCAUCACUGGCUCUACAUCAGCGGCUCCCACACCCACACGACAGGCUCCCCCUCCUCCUAGAAAUCGCACGCUCAGUCCCCCACGCCCCAGCGUCCCCCCACCUCCUCCCCCCACUUCUCUCUCUCCUUCAGUGUCUCUGUUGCCGCAGAAUGUCAUUCCGUCCCAGAGGCCCUUACCUUCGCCCCCUGUUUUAACACCUCCAUCUUGUCCACCUCCUCCUCCACCCCCGCCCCAGUCGCCACCACCAUCUCCACCCCCGCCUCCCCUUCCCACGUCCCCUCCCCCAGCUUUAGACGACACCAACCAGACGUCCAUUUUGUCCAGGAGCUCUGAGGAUCCUUCCAAAAACCCGACCUUUACCAGCUUCCGAACCGAUUCAGACCAGCAGAGUCCUUUUAAAUCUGUUAAUUCUUAUAACUCUUCUUCUUCAUCUCUCCCUCUAUCUCCUUCAGAAAUCUCACGGGGCAGUGAGGGUCUUCGGGAAGUGCUCUCACCUAUGGGAUACGUCCCAGUGUUUGGGGGCACUGAAGAAGCUCGCACAGCCACCAUUCGUGGGCGUGGAGCUGCCCACGCCCGACCCACUAUUUUAGAAGCCUUUGCUCCAACUCCACCCAGUAGUGCUCUCCCUCCUUCCUCGAGUCCUCCUGUUGCCCCGCGAAGACGCAACAGAAACCGUUCGAUUAGCCCCGACGUGCCGGGAGACUCGACCAGGAGCGGACAGAGCAUUCUUGGUGGCCGAGGACGAAGGUCUUCCUUCCUCAAUAAUCUCCUCGGAGACGAGAAUCCCUAUGAACAGAUAACUGAUCACAUCUAUGAGGAGCUGUUAUUACGCAACCAAUCCCCAAACUAUUCCUCUCUCGCGUGUCACGGCAGCUCCAGUAACAAUAGCUCUCCCCAUAAAUCCCCCUCUCCUGGAAAGUCAAUGUUUGAGGGAGCUUCCAAAUAUGAAAUAUUAGAGUACCUCCAAGAUGCUCGUCGUAGGGUUGCCAUUUCUGCAGAUGAUGAUGAAGAAGUGAGAUUACAGGGCGAUGUUGGUCCACCUCUACCGGUUGAGGUGGACCUGGAGGACGAGGAGGAGGAUCAGCUGGGCGUAGAGCCCCCUGAGGAUAGCUUCAAUGUGCUUACGUCGAGGAACAGAGGCCACAGGUCUUCUAAUAUGAGCUCGAACUCUGACUCCUCUGAAAAUAGCGGCCUCUUGAGGACAGAUAAGGAGAGGCUCGCUGCGGGUGAGGUGGAGAGGACGGACUCCGGCGUGGGCUCGGAGACCAGCAAGCCUUCGUUGGUGGUCAGGCGCGGCUACCGGGGCCACGGCGGGAUCGCCAGCGCGAAGGAGGGCGACGUCCCUUUGUGUAACGACUGCGACGCUCCCGUGGACACUCGGGUCACGAACAGCGGCGUGGUGUACGCGCCAUUGGUCUGCCGCAGAUGCUCUCGUCGCCGCCAGGAAAGGAAAGAAAUACUGACGGAAAUCAUGGAGACGGAGAUUAAGUACGGAAGGGACCUCAGGGUCAUGGUAGAUGAGUUUUACAGACCAAUCCUAGUAGCGGGGUUGCUGACCCAGGACCAGCUGGCAAGCAUCUUCCUCAAUGUGGAGGAGCUGUUGGAGCACAACAGAGUCUUUUCCUUCCAGCUGCGAGAUGCCUUGGAAAUUGCCCUCGACCAAGGGGACGAGGACCUCCUCACCGUCAACGUUGCCAAACUCUUCCUGCAUGCGGCCCCUAUGCUCCAUGCCUUUGAAAAUUACUGUGUGAGACAGGGCUCGGCGUCUCUGUUACUGCAGACAUUAGAGAAGGAGAAGGAACUGCUGAGGAUAUUCCUAAAGGUGUCCCAAAUGGAGAACACAUUACUGCGUCGAAUGAAUUUGCAUUCCUUCCUGAUGGUUCCAGUUCAGCGUGUCACAAAGUAUCCCCUCCUCCUGGCGCGGCUGUACAAAACGACGCCUCCAACACAUCCUUCAAGAGAAGACUGCCGUCGCGCCAAGGAGAAAAUCGAACUUCAUUUGCAACACAUGAACAAUGAGACGAAGGACGUCAGUCCAACCAAGCUUUGGCGACGGAUCUCCAUGAGCGUCGGGAGUGGGACCCCCCUGAAGCGUUCUCCUCAACCUCACGACUAUUCUACAAACCUCAAACUCCGAAAGUUGGCCUUGGAGGUGCUGGACUGGAAUCCGGAGGAGGCCAGCGUUGUCAGGGAGGGACGGCUGUUCUGCCUCACGCCAGACUCUAACAACUGGACAAGGCGUGGACGCUCCCUCAAGAUGGCUUCAGUGCAUGUGCUGCUCGUCACCCAUGGCUCGCCGAGAGCCGUGUUCGAGGAUGAAGUACCGGAGGACGGACUUGUGACUCCACGAGAUUUAGGAAUCAAAGAUGCUGCUCUUCUUGCCUUCAAGGACCAUAAAGUGUCCAAGGCAGCGAUGAUCAGACACGACCCGUGGUUACUGAGCCAGUGCGUGGUGGCCUGGGAAGCGGAGGGCGAGGCCGAGUGCUUCGAGGUGACCGAUCUCAGCUCCAAGGAAACUUACAUUUUCAAGGGGAGCGACAGCACCAGCACUGAGGUCUGGUUCCGCCAUGUGCAGUUCCAUGCCCUGGCCGUUGGCAUGUGGAAGAGGCGUCGGCCGGCCUUGGCAAAUAUUAUGAUCAAUGGCAUGGGCAGAAGCUAAAACAAUCUAUAUUUAUCAGUUCAUAGGUGAUCAUAUAUUACUUGCAAAUGCUUUAAUCCAAAAUAUAUAUAUUAGAUAAUACACUGGAAGAAAUAUUUGCAGUCUUUUAGCUUUAGCACCAAAGUCGCCAAAAAGAUAAGGUGAAAGUGAAUGAACAGUCAGCCUUGCAUAAGUGCACACUUUGAAGUGAAACAUUCCUUUACAAAUUUCAGAUAAUUUAAUUUAUGAAUUAACAAGUGUGUAAACAGGUGUCUGGGAACAAUGGUCUAGAUGAAACAAACGUACUAAAAUACCUCUUGUGUAACACAAAAAGGAAGCCGAUGUUUUUGGACACCGACUCUCAUAUCCCUCGUGCAAAUCUGCGAAGCGCACUGUGCGGAAGGGUGUCUCGCUGGGACCCUUUCGAACAUCCAGAACUUGAAAAUAUCGUAGGUGAAGUAAAACCAAAUAAUUAAGAAACAUUCCUAUUAGUAUAGUGAGAUGAUAAUAUUUAUCCCUGUGAUGCAACAAGUCACACAGUCUUCGUAUUUUCAUAUGGAACAGAUGUCUCGUAGAUCUAGAGUUAGAAAAUGCUGUUUCUCGGCUGGCUCAACCAGGUGCAGAUGUGCCAAAUCGACCCUCCAGCGUUUUCCGUCUGAAGAACUGGUCUGAGAUUUCAUUGAGACUUCAGUGUCUCAUUCUGUCUUGUCUCUUCUUCCAUCUCUCGCGUUUGGUAAUAAAUUGUUAACUAUUUCUGUACAUAACAUUUGGUUUGAUGUACAAGAUUCUGUAUUUUCUGAUAACGAUGUAAUAUUUGUUUAGAUGCUUUUGUUAACAUUUUGAUAUUAUAAAUGUCUGAUGGAUCAGUGUAUCAGAAUGAAGUUAGCAUUGUUACGAAAAUCUAGAUAUGUUGACAAAUGGAAACCUUGUGUAUCUAGAAGUAUGCAGAAAGAAAACAUAUUGAGAAUUUAAUUUACGGGAAGUGUAUACCAACUUUUUCAUUCAAAAGUGAUGUCUGUUCAUAAAGGAUUUCCUUGCGCACUUUCGCUGAAUCCUCUAAAAUUCGUUUUCAUAUCAUCCUUAUAUCUCCACAUUUUUUUCUAUAUCAGGGCACACACACACAUAUAUGUUACGGUUUUCUGUAAUACUGUUUUCCGAAAUGACAAACGAUCCAACUUUUCCUGAUACAAUGGAGCAUUUAAGAGCAUUUAUUAUUUUUUUCUUUUUGAGAACGUAAGAAUAUCUUCUGUCCCAGUUUUGUUUAUCUAUUUUCAGUAUCUUUCCAAAAUUAAAUUAAUUGCACUACACACACCCAUCCAUCGACCAACUCAUCCAUUCACGUACGCUCCACACACACACACACACACACACACACACACACACACACACACACACACACACACACACACACACACACACACACACACACACGCACACGCACGCACGCACGCACACGCACACACACACACACACACACACACACACACACACACACACACACACACACACACACACACACACACACACACACACACACGCACGCACACACACGCACGGCAUAUGAUGCAACUGCUUCUAAUAAACCUGACAGGCAGCUUGAAUAUCUCAUAGGCUAGCUGCUUUAGGCUCCUUUCUUUGCUUAUAUAUUUGCUUUUUUGAGGUCUCUUAUUAACAAUUACUCAGAAAUUGUAUCUCAUGAUACAGUUCGUCUGUACCCUUGUCUUCAUUUAUUCAUCUGGUUCUAACCGUCUUAUGUGAUUUGUUGCAAAUAACAUUUGCACCGAUAUUUCUAUCUACAUUGUAUUUGUAUAAUUAAUGUAUAUAGGGCUGUACACGGAUAAAAUUGUAUAUAUCGAAUUAUUCUGUAUUUAAUGUAUCAUUAAUAAACAGAUACAACAG